GUAGUAUUACCUCAUCAAAGCACAUUCCAUCAGCCACACCACAUCGCACCAGACUAGCACAGAGAGCUAUCAUAUCAACAUGUCACGCUUUGAGAAGUUUCAGAACCAAAUCAAAAUCCUUGAUUCAAAAUCGGAUUUUGUGCACCAUGAAAAUCGUGAUCUGUUCCAGAGUUUCUCAGAUCUUUCCAAAGCUAUUUUACAAGCACUUAAUGAAAACAGCGAGGACUUUAAUAGGGCUGUCCAAAAGAUGAGAACUAUUCAUAGCCAUUUUAAAAAUAAAGAAGCUUCUUAUCUAAAACAAAUUUCUGAAUUUCAAGAAGCUGAAAAACACGAGGAAACUACUGAGCUGCCAAAAGCCAACUUAGAAUUAGAUGAAAAGCUUAAGACACUUAGAUCACAAAAUGUAGGACUGCAAUCUCAGGUAGAACAACUGGAUUCUCAGAAUACAAAACUGAAAAAUAUCAUUCAACAAUGUGUCGGAAAAGACAAAGAGCUUCAGAGUUCGCUUGGCCCUUUAAUCGAUGAAAUUAGUGAACUUAAAGAGGAUGUGAGAAGGGCAAAACAAGAAAAUGACAGUUACCCUGAGGACAAAGUGAAAUCUCUGGUUAAAGAAAAUUCCCAACUUAAAGAAAUCCUGGAAGAAUUUGAGGGGAAACUGAAUGAUUUACAGGGACAGAAGGACAAACUGGUUGACAGAAAUGAAAAAAUGUCUAAUCGAAUAGUUAAACUCACCAAGAAGAAUCAGGAACUCAUCAGAGAAUUAGAGAACUCUGAGAGUAAUGACGCCUUUCCAGACAAAACACAGGAAAUCGAUGAGCGGGUUAGUUUGAAACAGAAGAUUGCUCACCUUCAGGAGACCAAAGAUAAGGUAACUUCUGAUUUAAAUACCUGCUUGGAUGAAAAGAAGCUCAUAGAAAAAAAACUGUCUGCAAAGAACAAAGAAAACCUUAGUUUGAAACAAAAAAACAGUCAACUUGGGAAGACAGUGGCAGAAAUAUCAAGAACCAGUAAGACUUAUGAGGAAACCAUAAAACGACUUCAGAUAAAACAGGAGUUACAAGAACAGGGUGAGGACUGCAUGCAAAACGACCAAAUAUUAAAGUUAAAACAAGAAAAUCAACAACUAAAGAAGGAUUUUGACACUUGUCAGAAACGUCUGAAUAAUUAUAAGGACCUCGUCCACAUGGAAAAAAUGGAUAUUAAAAACAAAAUGCUGGAAGUAGACAAGAAAAACGAACAGCUUCAAGCACACAUUCAACACCUUGAAACUGAAAUGCAGGAAGCGACUGAAUAUUUAUCAGUGGCCAAAAGCUGUCUGACAAAAGCUAAGCCUGCAGAGGCCUGUCCCAACUGUGUCAAGCUGAAGGAAGAUUUUCAGGCGGGCUAUCAGAGCCUCACAGCAGAGCUAGAGGCACUAAAGAAUGAAAACAAGGAGAAAACACAGGAGAUUGAAAAGAAACGAAAGAAAAUGAAGGAUAUGUCAAAUAAAAUCAGUGAUUAUCGGGAGAACAAAAGAGAAAUUCAAACACUCAAGGAAACAUGCAGUUCACUGACAGAUCAAAUCAGCUUUUAUGAGAACAAACGUUUAUCAGAGGACAAAGGCUGUCAGACAGUGGACUUAAUAGCUGACCCUAAGCCUGCAGAGGCCUGUCCCCACUGUGUCAAGCUGGAGGAAGAUUUUCAGGCGGGCUAUCAGAGUCUCACAGCAGAGCUAGAGGCAUUAAAGAAUGAAAAUGAAGACAAAACACAGGAGAUUGAAAAGAAACAAAGGAAAAUUAAGGAUAUGUCUGAUAAAAUGAGUGAUUAUCGGGAGAAAAAAAGAGAAAUUGAACAACUCAAGGAAACGUGCAGUUCACUGAAAUAUCAAAUCAGCUUUUAUGAGAACAAACGUUUAAUAAAAGACAAAGGCUGUCAGACAGUUGAGUCACUAGAGACACCUUUGCCGAACAAAUGUUUAACAAAAAACAAAGGCUGUCAGACAGUUGAGUCACUAGAGACACCUUUGCCGAACAAAUGUUUAACAAAACACAAAGGCUGUCAGAGAGUCACUAGAGACACUUUUGCCAAAAGCAGACCCUAAGUCCGCAAAG